UCACAGCAGACACUCGUGAAAGGGACAAGCCACACGUAUGCACGCACACACACCGGCCAAAGACUUACUUGAGCACGUGUGUAUCUGUAUUGAAAAAAGGAAAGUAUAUGUAUAUACAGCAGGAGAGCGUCUGAUCGGCUUCCUCGAGACGUACAAGACUGUGCUUCGGCACGGCUACACGGCAGUGUAAACGUGGACUCGACGCGGCGCUGACCGACUAUACAUACAGUAUAUACCUCUGCUCCGAAACUCACUGAAAAGCCGCCGCCAGUGCGCCGACGCGCUGGUUGUCUACUUUACGGCGGUAUAUACUCGCACCUCUGUCUUGUUUAUUCUCGAUUGGAAGCUCGAGGAGGUCGCAGCGUAGGAAAAAUUUAACAUCUCACGUACACGUAUCACAGGAGGAUGAAGGGCCUGCGAGAGGUUCUGGGCAUCUGGCUGCUCCUGGUGUGCGUCUGGGCCAAGGUACCAGCGAAACCGAGGAACGCGGUGUUGCUUCUGGCCGACGACGCGGGUUUCGAAAUGAGAUCGUACCUCAACAAAAUAUGCCAGACUCCGAAUCUCGACGGACUAGCUAAAAGCGGUCUCAUAUUCAAUAAUGCCUACACCUCCGUCAGUAGCUGCUCGCCAAGCCGAGCUUCACUGCUGACCGGCCAGCCGAGCCAUCAGAAUGGCAUGUACGGACUUCAUCAUGGUGUUCAUCAUUUCAAUUCGUUCGAGCAGAUCGAGAGUUUGCCCAAGAUGCUUCACCAGAAGAACAUACGAACUGGCAUAAUCGGCAAGAAGCACGUCGGUCCGAGCCACGCUUACCCCUUCGAUUUCGCCUACACAGAGGAGAACGAAUCCAUCCUCCAAGUUGGCCGCAACAUCACGCGCAUCAAGCUCCUCGUUCGCGAGUUUCUCUCCAGCAACCGCAACCAGCCGUUUUUCCUAUACGUGGCUUUCCACGAUCCGCACCGAUGCGGACACUCGCACCCGGAGUUCGGCAGCUUCUGCGAGAAGUUCGGCAAUGGUGAGCCUGGCAUGGGUCACAUUCCUGAUUGGAAUCCGAUUUACUAUCAAUGGGAACAGGUCAAGCUGCCCUACCACGUGCAGGACACCGAGCCAGCCAGGCGAGACAUCGCUGCUCAGUACACGACCAUGUCGAGGCUUGACCAGGGUAUUGGCUUGAUACUGAAGGAGCUCGAAACAGCUGGAGUGAAGGAUGACACCCUGGUCAUCUACACUUCGGAUAAUGGAAUACCCUACACCAGUGGUAGAACGAAUCUCUACGAUCCAGGAAUGGCCGAGCCGAUGAUCAUAUCUUCGCCGUACCACACUGACAGACACAACGAGGCCACUUACAGCAUGACUUCUCUCCUGGAUAUCACGCCGACUUUGCUGGACUGGUUUGGCUUGACCACAGACAAGAAGAUCGAGAAGCAUCUCGGAUCUCUUACCGGAAAAUCGCUGAUUCCCCUGUUGACGAAAGAACCGAUUGAGCAGAACACUACAGCUGUUUUUGCCAGUCAGACCCAUCACGAAGUGACAAUGUACUACCCGAUGAGGGUGGUGAGAACCAAAAAGUACAAGCUUAUUCAUAAUCUGAAUCACAAGAUGCCAUUCCCCAUUGAUCAAGACUUCUACAUAUCGCCGACGUUCCAAGAUCUGUUGAACAGGACUCGCACAAAUCAAUCUCUUAGAUGGUACAAGACAGACUUGAAAAAUUAUUACUACAGACCUGAAUGGGAGAUGUACGAUUUGAAGUAUGACCCUGAAGAAUUGAACAACAUAGCUACCAAAAAAUCUGUAGAACCAAUAUUUAAGGAGCUUCAGCAAAUGCUUACCGAGUGGCAACAGAAAACAAAAGAUCCAUGGCUGUGUUCACCAAACGGUGUUUUAGAACCAUUCGAAGGAGACAAAAAAAAUCUUCAAUGCAUGCAACUUGACAAUUUUUAAUUGUAAAUCAAUCAUGUUUUUGAGGCUCAAAUUUAGCAGUUAAUUAUUUUUAUACGUCAGAUUAUUUUUUUAAGGACGUGCCUCUGAAUAAAGAAACUUUUCUAUUAUUUUA